AUGGCUGAACCAACUGUGACUUCUAUCCCUACUGCUGUGGUGACACACCACAACCACAGCCACCACAACCAUCAUCAUUGGUCUUAUAUCCCUAGGCCUCUGCCUAGUCGCAAACCUUGUCCAGCUCGCUCUUCAUCGGCAGUGCUCGCCUCUAGUGUGAUCCCUACUUUAACUCCCCAUCUAAGUGGAUUUCCUAGCCAUUCAUCUUGGCUGCAUUGGAGUCAGACACCCAGACCUCAGUCAUCAUCUGUGGCUAUUCAGACCCCUUCAGCACCUGUUUCUACCCCUGUUACCAAUCUGUCUGUCUUGGUAUCUGCAUCCGGCUCUCUUUCAACUGAGCCUCAGCAAGUUAGUGGUUUUUCUUCAGGAGCAACCACUGGACUCGGAUCAUCAGCUUCACGGGUCACCAUCUCAACGUCUGGCUCUGAUGAUAGCACCACAGUUGUCGCUUCUAUUCCCAUAUCCACCCCACCCGCGGCACUUCAGCCCAAUCUGGGCUCUGGAUCCUCUUCAUUGAAGUUGACCACGUCAAACGUCUUUUCGACUCGCACGGUUACCAUCACUGCAUGCCCUACUACCGUUCCUAAUUGCCCUGCCAGCUCAAAGACAACAUUUGUGACUACAGAGACAAUUCUGGUAUCUACCACAAUCUGCCCUGUCACUGAGACUACCGGCCCUAGCCAGACAGCAUCUGCUUUGCUGUCCGCCACUGGAGGGGCUGGUGACGAUGGCUAUGGAAACGGUAGCCCAGAUCUGACAACUUCUACGGUCUAUAGCACCCGCACUGCCACCAUCACCGCAUGCCCAUCUUCGGUGACCAACUGUCCACUGAGAUCCAAGACCACAUAUUUGACCACUGAGACGCUGCUUCUCUCCACAACAGUUUGUCCCGUGGCAAAGGCCACUGGUACCAACAGCGCCGUGUCUACUAAGCAUACUACAUCUCCUUCUGUCACUGAAGCAGUUGAAGGUGUCGAUAUUGGGGCUCCCAAGCUGACUAUAUCUACUAUCUUCGCUACUCACACAGCCACCGUUUUUGCCUGCCCUGAACUUGUCACGGAUUGCCCUCUGAGAUCGAAGACCUCUUACGCAACCACCGAGAUAUUCGCUGUCGCAACUACUGUCUACCCAGUGUCCUCAGUCUACACAUCUGUCCCAGAUAAAGGUGUCGACAUAUCCAUUGUAUCCGUGACGGUUGCAAACCCUCAAGUCACCGGUGCUAUCCCCGGAUCUCAAUCUAGCUCUGGGAGUGUAGGAUCAAGCUCUUAUGCAGGCACAUCCCAUACCACGAUCAUCGUCGUUGAGUCUUGCUCCGAAGAUGAUACCUGUACCGGAUACAUCAACACUAUCGUGGUGACUCAGACCAACGCUGCUGAGCCCACCAUGCGUCUCUCUCUACACACCCCAUACAGGGGUACUGGAUCUGGAGCGGGUGGUGCUGUCUCUCCUUCCUCGACUCGGCCGUGGUUCCCCAACAGCUACCCUAGUGGACUGGCCACGGCUACUAUUUCCACUGCAACAAGUGCAGUGAGUCCGGUUUACACCGGGGCUGCAUCUGUAGGUACUCAGUCGUCGAUGAUGCGGCUUGUGGGUACUGUGAUGGUGAUCCUGCUGGCGAUCAAUUUCUAG